AUGGAUGGGUCGCCACCAUUUCUUCAGAACUUCUCCCUUGAAGGCAGAACGGCGAUUGUCACCGGAGGCACUGGCGGAAUCGGCCUCGGAUUGUGUCAAGCCCUCGCAGAGUCAGGCGCUGACGUCGUCUCAUUGCAAUUGCCAUCGGAGCCGACUGAAAACAAGGCAUGCCGCGAGCACGAUCCAGCCAUACUCAUCAAUUGCGCCGGCAUCCAUCAGGCCGGCCCUACCAUUGAUUUUGCUCUGGCAGACACCGAACGCAUCAUCCGGCUGAACACGACAGCAAGCAUUGUCGUUGCAAGUGAGGUUGCCAAAUACUGGCUUGCAUCCGAAAGACCGCCGUUCAAUCGCAAGAUCAUCAAUUUUGCAAGCAUCUCGAGCUUCCAGGGAAACCUUGAGAACGUGGCCUACGCUGCUAGCAAAGGAGCCGUACUGAACAUGACCAGAGCCAUGAGCAACGAGUGGAUGCCGCACGGCAUCAACGUGAACGCCGUCGCUCCCGGAUACACCAAGAGCAGAAUGACGGAGAAGGUGUACGAUAACGCAUCCUUCAAUGAGAAGCUCUUCAAAGGCCUUCCAGCGAAACGCUGGGGAGAAGCAAAAGAUCUUGCGGCCGCCUGUGUGUACCUAGCAAGCCCCGCAAGCGACUACGUUUCGGCUCACUGCAUCGUGGUUGAUGGCGGGAUUCUGGGCGGACCGCCCAUCGUUCCUCGAGAUGCGGCAUAA